UACGAAGACAAAUUGACAGUCCUCUGCUCAAUUCGAUCGAUUCACCCCAAAUUUCACUUGAGAAAACGCCAAGUUAAUUGGAUUUUCACGAUAAUUUAUCUUUUUUCCAAGAAACGUUGCCGGAUAGCAAUUUCUCCUCCGAUUUUGAUUGCUUUCUUGAAGAUGAUGACUCUAAAGAUGGUGAAAUUGAGGAGAACGAGUUGAAAUCCCCUGCCCUAUCCACGAUUACUCGCCCCAGUUGGCCUAGCUUGAAUCCGUCGAGUUUGGGUGCGAUGGAGUUGGAAGAUUGCAAGGCUUCUGAGGGUUCUUCGUAGAUUGAUUGGUCUUCUCCUACAGGUUUUGCCCAGAGCAUUGCGGAUGAAGCAGCCAAAUGAAAGUCUUUAUGACCAGAAGCCUGAAGAACCACCCGUUCUAGUUCCAUCAUCGGACUCCGCCAAUAGCACGCCCAAAUCCUUUGCAACUCGCUUUCAGUACAUAGACAAUCCGCAACCAGCAGAUAAUAGUUCUGGAGGCGCACGUGUUCAUAGCCGUGUAUCACCACUAAAAUCUUCCAAUUUGUUUGCUGAAUAUGAGAUGGAUAGUUGUUUGUCAAAGGAGACUAGCUCAACUAUGCCCAAAGUUCAAGCAAGCAUUGAACGUGUUGAAGAAACUGAUGAAGCGAGGAAGAGAUUUCCCAAUGCUAAAUCUAUCUCUUCUGCUCAGUUUUUUGGAGAUCAGAACAAAGUGAAUGACAUGGGAACUUCAGUUUCUCUGCAGAAGUUCUCGGGUUCAAAUGCAAUCUCUAGUGCUGAUCUCUUUGGUCAACAGUGCAACAAUUCAUCUGUUGAUGUCACAGCUGGAGAUCUGAUUGACUGGUUGAAAUUACAGGCGCAGCAGGAUUUCUCUUCAUUUAAGAUUAUGGCAGGCGAAACUUGGAAGAAGCUCAGCUCCCUUGCAUCCACUUUAAUGUCAAAUCUCCAGGAGGAAGUGUCGAAUCUCCAGGAGAGAAUCCUCCGAUAAAGCUGCAUUUUCUGUGUACAAAUUUAAGAGGAUCUCGUUAUAGACUUGCAACGGGGUGUAGUAAACUAUGCAACUCCCUUCGUGCUUUAUCGGCUCACUAUGGACUCCUGAUUCUGCGACUUAUACCAACAAUCUUUAAGUUUGAGAUUAACAUGAUCAAAACGCAAAGUGCCAAGAAUGAUCUCGAGUGGCAAUUUGAUCAACUAACAAUAAGAGUAGCUACAAAGCACCCGUAAAAUGAUCACUGGUAAUUUCGCUGGCCUGGCCGUGCUGGAUUGGUCUGCUGGUGGAAGUAGCCUCCUUAGGUGAGUUCCAUCUGGGUUCGAUCCCGGGCAACAACCUAGUUAUUAUCUUCUUCAGCAUCGGUCGGGCUCGCUCUGCUGGAGUGUUGUGGGAUUAGUCGGGCGUAGAUCCGAAUAUUCACAGUGAUGACAAAAAAAAAAAAAAAAAAAUUUUCGCUGGCCUGAGAAUCAAUUUGAAGCAGAAAUUUGGAUUCAUUAGAAUGAAAUAUUAUACCUUACUUUGGUUUUUAAUUUACGAGUGGUUUUCAAA